UCUCACCUAGGGGAGAUGGAACCUAUCAUACGGGAGAAAUUAUUCAUCACACAGACGCUACUGACCUUAGAUUUAUCCACGUGUAGGGUGGAUAUGAAAGACUUGUUGCUUAACUGCACUAUAAAUUGGAUUGGGGGCAAGUCGUUUAAGAGCCAUCCUAGAGUUGAAGAAUUCAAUUACCAAGUAAAGGCCUUCCAAAUACUAAAGAAAAUGUCUUGCUGCGGAGGAAACUGUGGCUGUGGCUCUGGAUGCAAGUGCGGCAGCGGCUGCGGCGGAUGUGGUAUGUACCCUGACAUCGUAGAGAACACCAGAACUGAGACCCUCAUUGCAGGAGUUGCACCUCCUAAGAAGUUCUAUGAGGGUUCUGAGAUGAACUUUGGUGCUGAGAGUGGGAAUGGCUGCAAGUGUGGAUCAAACUGCAGCUGUGAUCCAUGCAACUGCAAAUGAGAAAGCAGCAUGGAAAUGGACCCAGCAAAGCUGUACUUGAUGUUCUCAAUAAAUACCAAAAAAAUUAGGAAAAAAAAAAUUUCGUUAAUGAAUAUGUAUAAUAGAGCUUGGCUUGCUGCUGUAAAUAAAACAGCCUUGGGUUAUCCAAAUCCUUGUAUUAGGAUUUCCUUCCAGCAGUUUCAUGGCUUGUUUUAUGUGUUGUGUCCUCUCUGCUUUGCUGGUCUUAACUUGUCUUCAGUGUACUUUUGGAAGGGGAACUUCAGUUAGUAUUGUGAUCAUUGAUUAAAACAUCUCCCUUCACUUA